GAAACAACAUUUUUAUUUAUCAAAAAAAUGGUUGCUAUGAUACAAGAUACAAUAUGUAACAAGACUUAAUUAGGUUGACGUUGACCUUUCUCUGAGAGUGUGAGUUGCGUAUGAUAGUAUUAUAGACAUUGUAUUAGAAUUAUCAAUUUAAUUAUUUAAUCAGAAACAACUUUCUCUCGCUUUGCAAACAAAGAAUAUUGUUCUGUUGAGUGGAGGCCAUGACACAGUAGUUCAUAUGUAUUCCCACCAAAAUCAGACCUACUUUAGUAAGCAUUAAUUUUUAUGAUCAAAAGUCGCAUAUCAGCUGAAACCGAAAAAUUUAAUUACUUUUAAUUUUAUUAUUUAACUUUUGCGAUGGACGUGAAAGAUGCAGCAGCGGACGGUGAGGAAAGUAAAGUUAAAAGUGAGGACCGACCUAAGAAAAAGGCUAAGAGAAGGAGCUCACCUGGACACACGUCAGAGGAGCCGAAACUGAAGAGAUCCAAGUCGGAUGCAAACAAACCAUCCAGCUCGAAACACGAAAUUAUACAUUACAACCCGUCAUGGGAAGAUUACGAGCUUUUAGUCGGUACACAGUCCAUAAAUGAGAAUGUUGCAAAAAGAUUGACUAAAUUAUUUGACGAUGAAAAUACCAUACCUUUCAUUGCGCGUUACCGAAAAGACCAGACCGGUAACUUAACAGCGGAACAAUUACGUGAUAUCAAGGACGAAUAUGACAACAUAAAGCUACUAAAAAUGAAAAUCCGUACAACGCUUAAUAACAUUAACAAACAAGGCCAGUUAGAUUCGAAGCUGAGAAAAAUUAUCUUGGGAGUGCAAAGUGUGGAAGAACUCGAGCUUAUUUAUGCCCCGUUUCGUCCCGGUGCUAAGAGGACUUUAGCAGAACGAGCGAAAUCUUUGGGGUUAGAACCACCGGCAUUGAGUUUAUUAGAAGGCGCCGAAUCAGUUAAUUUGGAACGUUACAUCAAUAAACACAAUAGGGAACUGUCAUCUAUCGGCGAUGUUGAAAGGGGUGUAAUGCAUAUUAUUGCCUCUGUGAUUGCCACCGAUACCGAAGUUUUGGCAUUACUUCGCAAAUUGCGAAUCGAGUCUUUUUUCACAAUUGAGUGUAAAAAGGCGAACAACACAAGAAGAGACGACAGGAUACGAAAUUACAAAACCACAAGACAAAUUGUCGAAGAGUCGAAGUUCGCUAAUUAUUUCACUUUUAGCGCAUCAUCAAAGUUUAUAAAGCCGCAUCAAGUUUUAGCUAUCAAUAGAGGUGAAGCACAUAGAAUUUUAAGUGUUAAGAUAAAUGUACCAGAUUUUAUAUACAACAAAUUCUCACAAUUCGCUACAACCAAAUGGAUCGAUAAAGGUAAAAGUGACAAGGAUCGCAAGAGAAUCUUGGAAAUGGCGGUGAGCGAUGCGUACAAACGUUUGCUACAACCUCACGUUGUAAGAGAAGUACGUGCGAGCUUAAAAGUAAAGGCGGAAAAAGCAUCAUGCGAAGUAUUUAGUACAAAUUUAAAACAAUUACUUUUAAUGCCUCCUGUUAAAGGAAAGUAUAUAUUGGGCAUGGAUCCUGGCUUCUCAAAUGGCUGUCAAUUGGCGAUGAUUUCGGAAACCGGCGCCCUUUUAACCACCGGCAACAUCUUUCUCAAUACAAAGACGCCGGAAAAGCCGAUUAUCAUCUUGGCGCAGAUGUUAAGAACUUAUAAUUGCACUUUAAUUGCGUUGGGCAAUGGUACAGCGUGUAGGGAGACCGAGACGUGGCUGUCUGAGCUAAUACAAAAUAACACAUUCUCGCCUUUGGACGUCGUUUACACAAUUGUAAAUGAAGAUGGAGCCUCGAUCUAUUCAUGCAGUUCAGAGGCAAGAAAGGAGUUUCCUGAUCUUGAUCCAAAAUAUAUCAGCGCAGUUUCCCUGGCAAGACGAGUAUUGGAUCCUUUGGCCGAGUUGGUAAAAGUGGAGCCUAAACAUUUGGGUGUCGGUAUGUAUCAGCAUGAUUUACCAAAGAGGCAAUUGGAAGAGGCAUUGGACGAAGUUGUCACGGAGUGUGUAAGUUUUGUUGGUGUCGAUCUUAAUACAGCUUCGCGAUGUUUGUUGAGGCACAUUGCUGGAUUGUCAGAUAAGAGAGCAUCUCGCAUCAUUCAGUAUCGCGAAGAUCAUGGUCUGUAUAAAUCACGAAUGGAACUCAAAAAGGUGAAAGGGAUUGGUAGCAAGAUUUUUGAGCAAUGUGCUGGUUUUCUUCGUGUCGAACCUGCAAAUUCCACGGUUGCAGCGGAGUUUUAUGAAGACAGUGAGACAAACAGAUUGGAUUGCACUUACAUUCACCCUGAAUCGUAUGGUGUGGCGACGGAAAUUCUGAAACAUUUCAACUUGGAUAUUGCUUCUAUCGGACAAAGGCAUUUCUUUGAUUAUAUUAAGUUGAAGUUUGAGACCUUAGAUAUGGAUCAAUUCAGUGCGUCUUUAUCCCAAUCAGUCGAGACCGUUCGUAUGAUUAUGGAUUCCUUGAUUCAGCCUUUAAAUUACGAUUUACGAGAUGAAAGUGUCAGUGGACCCGUAUUUAAGAAGGGACUUACUAACUUUCAGGAUCUAAAGAUUAAUUCCAUUGUUUCCGGUAAUGUGUCCAACGUUACACAUUUCGGCUGUUUCGUCGACAUCGGCGUGGGCACUCCUGCUUUAAUACAUUCAACUAAAACGUGUGGUUUUACGUUACAAAUAGGGGACAAGGUUGAGGCCAAAGUUAUUAGUUUGGAUGAAGGUAACAGAAGAAUUGGUUUAUUAAUGAUUCGCAAAAUUUAAAUACAGAAUUAAAUUAUAGUGUGAUGUAAUAAAUUUUUACACCUUU